UUCCCUUCAGAAAGGAGGUUUGAGGAAGACUGAGCUGGAAUGGAUAUACUCAGGACUAUCGCACAUCAGCCUGGAAAUAACAGCAAAAUGUGUGAACACACGCACAGCAGACCUUCUGAGGCGAGACGUGGGAAACUGGAGGACAGUUCACAUGCAACACAGGAGAUGUCACGGAUCAUAUCGGAUUCCACGACUGGGAAAUGUUACUGUAGGGGAAAAGUUCUUGGCAAGGGUGGUUUUGCCAAAUGCUAUGAAUUUACUGAUCUGGGAUCAGGCAAAGUCUAUGCUGUGAAAAUUAUUCCACACACACGUGUCUCCAAGCCUCACCAAAGGGAAAAGAUUGACAGAGAAAUUGAAUUGCACAGAAUCCUUCACCACAAACACAUCGUCCAAUUCUACCACCAUUUCGAAGACAAAGACAACAUCUACAUUCUUCUUGAGUACUGCAGUAGACGAUCACUGGCACACAUUCUGAAAGCCCGCAAGGUGCUCACAGAACCUGAGGUUAGGUACUACCUAAGACAGAUUGUGUCAGGACUCAAGUACCUCCAUGAGCAGGAAAUCCUCCACAGAGACCUUAAAUUAGGAAACUUCUUCAUUAAUGAGGCGAUGGAGCUGAAAAUAGGGGACUUUGGUCUGGCAGCUAAGCUAGAACCAGUUGAAAACCGCAGAAGAACAAUAUGUGGGACCCCUAACUACCUAUCUCCUGAAGUCCUCAACAAGCAAGGGCAUGGCUGUGAAUCGGACGUUUGGGCACUCGGCUGUGUCAUGUACACCAUGCUGUUGGGCAGGCCUCCGUUUGAAACCACCAAUCUGAAGGAGACGUAUCGGUGCAUACGGGAAGCACGUUAUUCCAUGCCCUCCACGCUGUCACCGCAGGCCAAGCACCUAAUUAGCAGCAUGCUGGCCAAAAGCCCGGAGGACAGGCCAAGGCUAGAUGACAUCCUCCGCUAUGACUUCUUCAGCCAGGGUUUCACUCCAGACAGGCUGUCUUCCAGUUGCUGCCACACAGCCCCUGACCUCCAGCACACAAGCCCUGCCAAGAGCUUCUUCAAGAAGGCUGCAGCAGCUCUGUUUGGUGGCAAGAAGGAAAAGGCAAAGUAUUUUGAAACACUAAAUAAACUAACAAAAGAGGAAGAGGACAUCCAUAGACUGCAACAUGACUUUAGGAAGGCCUCAAUCAGCAAUCAGCCUUGCAGACAAGCUCCUGAGGACAGCAAACCACCAGUCCCACCUACCGGAAAGCCAGCUGUCACUGCCAAGGACGGGGGCAACAAGCAGCAGAUCCGUGACACCAUCCGCAUGAUUGUGCGUGGCACACUGGGGAGCUGCAGCAGCAGUAGUGAAUGCCUGGAGGACAGCACAAUGGGUACUGUAGCAGACACUGUUGCUAGAGUGCUCCGAGGCUGCCUGGAGAAUAUGCCAGAAGCUAAUGACAUUCCAAAAGAGAGCCUGAGCUGUAGCUUCCAGUGGGUGACGAAGUGGGUGGACUAUUCCAACAAGUAUGGCUUUGGCUACCAGCUAUCUGACCACACAGUUGGUGUUCUUUUCAACAAUGGCACUCACAUGAGCCUACUGUCUGAUAAGAAGACUGUGCAUUACUAUGCAGAACUGGGCCAGUGCACGGUUUUCUCUACCAGUGAGGCACCAGAGCAGUUUGUCAGCCAGGUCACCAUCCUGAAGUAUUUUGCACAUUACAUGGAAGAAAAUCUAAUGGAUGGUGGUGAUUUGCCCAAUGUGAUGGACAUCAGCAAACCCAGGCUCUAUCUCUUGCAGUGGCUCAAGUCAGACCGUGCACUCAUGAUGCUUUUUAACGAUGGCACUUUUCAGGUGAACUUCUACCAUGACCACACCAAGAUCAUCCUGUGCAGCCAGAGUGAGGAGUAUCUUCUGACUUACAUCAACGAGGAGCGCGUGUCCACCACAUUACGCCUCAGCGCGCUGCUUCGCUCUGGCUGCUCUUCAGAUUUGUGCAGCCGAAUGGAGUAUGCCCUAAACAUGCUGCUUCAGAGAUGCAACUGAACAUGCAUGACUGCAGGCUGAAGGCUUAAUUUAUGGGCUUGUUGACGGACUUCCCUGACCUCCAUUGACCACCAUUCAUUGGAACUCCAGUUAGGGCUUUCAACCUACAUGAGUGUGGUGAUGGAUCUGAGGUACAAACACUGGUCCUCUCUCAAAGGAACCAAGAGACUAUGACUAUGAACUUGUGAAAAGAUCAAGAGAGCUGGGCUGGAACCAGAAGAGACCAUUAAAUGGACUUGAAGUAUAAACAGCAUAUUUAGUGUUUUCUUUAUAUAAAUAUAAUGGAGCAAUCUUGCUUUGCUGAAGUUUAACUGGGAUUUUGGAUGUGGAAUUAGCUUCAGCGGGGCAGGGUGAUGUGUAGCUCUCUGUAGAGCAGACCACUGUAAAACUGUGAAUACAUUCCACAACAUGAAGUGGGCUCCAUGGUGAUGCAUCCUAGAAGCAGUGCCAUAGUUCUGUCCCCCAUAAUCACUGUUUGCUGCAAGGAUAAGGAUCCAGGCCCCUUCUUUAAUGUUGACUGGAGAGACAUACUACGCUAGUGUGCCAUGGAUGUAACUUAUUUGACAGGAACCCAGUAUUUAUUUAUUUAAUAAAGAUAACCUUGAAAUGUU